AUGCAGGCUCACGGAGCAAGUGAUGGUAAAGUCACCAAAGGCCGUCGGACCCGCAUUCCUCUGUCUUGCGAGCCCUGUCGCGCCCGAAAACUCAAAUGUAACCGCGAGAAACCGUGUCAGAAUUGCUCCGUCCGUGGAAAACAGGAUGAAUGCAUAUUCAAGGGAUCAACUGCUGGAGCCUCGCUGUCAUCACGCGCGCCCAGAAAUGGGGACACAAUGCGCCACCGCAUCGACCAUCUAGAGGACAUGGUAAAGAGACUGAUUGACCAACGCCAGAGCGUUCCAUCCGGUAAUGCUUUAUCAGAGGGGACCCAGGAAUCUGGCAUUGUACCUGGUUCAGACUCAAGCCGCGUUGGUACGACGGUCAAUGAGCUUAAACAAGCCUGGAGUGAUACACUGGAUGAGCCUGAUGAUGUACAGCCGAAUCUUUCAGAUGUCGAUGGGACCAGUCUUCUCUUCGGUCAGGUCGAGCGGGUGGACCUGCCGGUGAUACUCUCGUCUCUGCCGCCCAAGGCAGAGGCCGAUACACUUUUCCAGUGGUUCUUUGAAUAUCACAACUUUCCAUUGUCAAUUCCACCCAUCAUACAUCAACCUACUUUUAUGCGAGAGUACGACGCUCACUGGAGUGAUCCUUCCAAAACAAAUAUUAUUUGGAUAGGACUGCUGUUCUCCGUGCUCGGAAUCACCAUGAUCGCAGUUCAGUUCGGCGGACCACCGGGAUACCAGGGAGUCUCUGAUGAAUACUUCCAUCUCUACCGACUACGCACAGCACAGUGCCUACUCAUGGGCGACAUUGCAAAGUGCCUACCAUACACCAUCGAGACCCUUCGUUUCAACGCCACCGCCGAACUCAACAGAAACGACGACAAUAGCCGCAGUCUGUGGAUCAUGACCGGCGUCCUAGUUCGCGCGGCAGUCAACAUGGGUUAUCACCGCGACCCAGACCAUACUCCGUCCUUGUCAACUAUCCAAUCAGAAUACCGCCGCCGGGUUUGGCUUUCCGUAGAGAGCAUGGAUGACGUUGCCUCUUUUUUGUCUGGCAUGCCGCGCAUGUUGCCAGCCAUAAAUUCCGACACGAAAGAGCCGCGGAAUAUCAACGAGUCGGAAUUGACUGAAGGCAUAACCGAGCUGCCAGCGUCAAAACCACUAUCUGAGCCAACCGCAGCCACUUACAUGAUUGUCAAAGGCCGGAUGUUUCACGGACUGGGCGAGGUCAUCGAUUUCAUCAACGGCCCUGGCGCAAAUAACUACACGCGGGUACUUGAAAUUGACCAGCUGCUGCGGGAUCAAAGGGAACAGGUCCCAUCACACAUGCUGGUAGAGCCGAACAAAGUAGACUGCAGCCAUCUGAAAGUCCCAACCGACUAUUCAGCUCUGAAUCUGGCAUGCAUGUAUCACCAUGGGAUGUGCACUUUACACCGCAAGUUCAUUCAGAAAGACCGCAACGACCCGCCUGGGAAUAUCUCGCGUUCGCGAUGUAUUGCUUCGUCGCUAGCACUGAUCGAGUACCAGCAAUUACUUCAGCCGUCGUGGUAUACAGCUUCACGCACUCGCCAGAUGCUCGCCCCAGCUGCGAUGACCCUGCUUCUCGAGUUGGAAUCUCGGCGGACGAAACCGGUCACAGAUUCCGAAUUUGAGACCGAUACUCUACUGGGAGCAUUCGAGAAGUCUGUUGCUCUCUGGCAAGAAGCUCCGAGGUCUUGCGAGGAGGCGUGGAAGGUGUGCAGAAUCUUGACUCGCAUGCUUCGCGGCUUGAAGACAGCCAUCCAGCCAAAUCACCAUGGUCAAUCGCCUUUAAAUAUGAUGGAUUUACAGCAUUCUGACGACUUACUGGAGAUGCUAGAUGACAAGGAAAUCGACUGGGCAUGGUGGGAUGGGAUUUCGGUCCGUAAAUGCCGAUCUGCUAAAAGCUUUUCCUUCGUCCAUGAUGCUAGAACUGAUGGGAAUAAACAAGCGAGAACUUUAUAUGAGCUUAUGUCACUCGGUGCCUUACACGUCAGACGCGGGGGAGUGGUGCCUGAAUGUCCAGCCCAUCAACGCCAGCCACAAACUGCGAAAAUGCAAAGCACGCCAUAA